AUGUCGGUGCUUGCAGUUUCAAAUGCCACUGGAUUAUUGAGAAGAGUCUGGUAUUUAUUUCUGCAGCUUUUGGUCAUUUUAUGUUAUGUAAUUUCCAUCACCGAUGCCGAUUUAGCUGAUAAUCUGUUUGAAGGACCAACCUUAUCUCCAUCCAGAGUGCCUUUGGCUGCACCAGCCAUUCCUGAUCUACCCCUCCCAGCCAAUCUACCGUUGUUACAUAAACCAUGGAAAAAACAUUUCUCGCCUCAUGGUGCACCAGCAUUUGUGGUAGCACCAGCCCAACCUCCUAACUAUGGUCCAUUGAUAACUUCUGGUCACCCCCCUACUAGUUCACGCUUGUCUAAACCAUCAACGAAGAAGAAUGCAUUGGUGCCUCCCAGUGUUGGAUUGGUAGAUGUGGCUCCUACUCAGUCUGGUGAUGGCACAAAUCCUACUGGUUUAGCUCAGCCCCCAUUAUCUCCUUCUGUCUCUGACUGCUGUAAACCAGAUAUGGUGCUGAAACGAGGGAGUCAUGGUUGCCACUGUGUGUAUCCGAUAAAGCUUGAUCUUCUCCUUUUGAAUGUCUCACAAAAUCCUAAUUGGAACAUGUUUCUAGAAGAACUAGCUUCCCAGCUUGGCUUGCUAGUUUCUCAAAUUGAGUUGAUAAACUUUUAUGUACUAAGCUUAUCGAGAUUAAAUAUUUCAAUGAAUAUCACUCCUCACACUGGAAUCAGUUUCUCUGCCAGUGAUGCAUCUGCAGUAAACUCUUCGCUUGCCUUGCGUAAGGUUCAUUUUGACUCCACUCUUGUGGGUGAUUAUAGACUCCUGAAUCUUACUUGGUUUGAACCUCCAGCACCUUCGCCAGCUCCUAUUGUUGCUUCAUCACCUAUGGAGGCACCGGCUCAUCAAUCUUCAACUUCGACAUCAGUUGGUUCUUCCAAGAAAGGCAAACAUACAAAUUGGAUUCUUAUUCUGGGUAUUGGUGCUGCCAUUGUGAUUAUCUCCAUUGUAUCUAUGCUUAUAAUCUGUUCGUGCGCAUUCCGCAAAGGGAAGCCUAAAGCAUCUCCUAAAGAAACUGUAAAGCCAAGGUCCGUAGAUCCAGUUUCAGCAGCAGGGUCUCUUCCACAUCCUUCAAGUACUCGGUUUAUAGCCUACGAGGAACUUAAAGAAGCAACAAACAACUUUGAACCUGCAAGCAUACUUGGAGAGGGUGGAUUUGGUAGAGUUUUCAAAGGUGUCUUAAGUGAUGGGACAUCUGUAGCAAUUAAGAGGCUUACUAAUGGAGGGCAACAAGGGGAUAAAGAAUUUUUGGUGGAGGUUGAGAUGCUUAGCAGGCUGCACCACCGUAAUCUUGUCAAACUAGUGGGCUACUAUAGUAAUCGCGACUCUUCACAAAACCUACUGUGCUAUGAGCUUGUUCCAAAUGGAAGCUUAGAGGCCUGGCUCCAUGCUGAAUCGUAUUGGUGCCAACCUGGCUUAACACCGGUGUGA